GAGGUCAGGGUGACCAUCCUUGAAGCUGUUAAGGAACUCUCAAUCACUCUGCAAUGUCUUUGAAGAUCGGAGCACCUUGAGAAAAGGUAGUUAAGGUAGCUAGCCUGCAGGAAAGGAGAUUAGCCCUAUCUUUAACUGACCAGUUGUAGGCUGGGUGCUGUAUGAGGGUUGUGGUCGAGUGAUAAAAAUAUGCAUUAAAAACUGUCAUGGACUCUUGGAGUGUGCUGCCUUUGUGGGAAACCACCCAGCACUUCUGCAACCUUGCAAUAAAUCCAUACCUCUGUGAAUGAGACUGGCUUGCUGCACGGCACGGAGGGAUCUGCCUUUUGGAUGACAGUUCUCUGGAAACCCACUGGGAUGGCCUCAUCUGGAUCCACUCACUGCAGCUGGUGAGAAGCGGAGCACCGGUCGGGCUCAGUGCACACCUCCAUCCUUUUGGCUGGGGACUCCAUUGGGUUCUCAUUUCUGCUUGGGUGGUGAUGCUAAGCACAGCGCUUCAAUCGAGGUAUCGACUUGAUGGUGUCGGGGGGAAUAAGAGGCUUUGGUCGUUGGUUUUGGUUGUUUUGGUUGACGACUGGCCAGCAUUUGGUGUCUGGUCAUACAUGUGGGUGCCAAAGAGCAGAGUGCAUGCAACCUUGGGGAACGAUUUUUUGUUGCAGUAUGGGGACUGUUCCCUCCUCUGAGAUUUCUCCCUCGUUCACCUCUGGCAUCCCUAAAACAGUGGGAGCCGUUUGUUGGGGAUCCUCCGACUAUUAAAAAGCUGAAACGUUAUUGUAGGUAUGAAUUGGAUGAUGGGAGAAAAGUGGCCAGAAAUUGGAACUUUGAAUUCUAAGACAAUACCUCAAUUAAUGUUAUUUUGUAGCUGCAUUGAUAAGUGGGAUGAAAUUCCCCGUGUUAACUUGUUCUUUAUGUUACGGAGUGGUGCUGUGCAGCUCUGUUCUCUGCAGCGGCCAUUGCAGCUUCCCCUUCCUGCAGAGUGUGGGAGUGUCACCCCCAUGUGGGACUGUCACCUCAACCCGGCACUGCUCAGAGGCACUUCCUGCAAAGCAAGUGGCCCUGGGGACAGCGGGGAGUCUCAGCAUUCCUCCAGCCCCUUUCCCAGCUGUGGGGCUGGGGAGCACUUGGAGGUAUCACCAAGGGCCGAGUGAGGACAGGGACAGAUCUAUGGCCACGGGUGCACCCGGUGCUGUGGCUGCAGUGCAACCCUGGGCCUGAGCGAGCCCCAGAGGUGCACUGGGGGGCUCUGUGCCUCCACCCUGGUGUGGGGAGGGGCACAACCCGCCUCAGUGCCGGAGGCCUUGGGGACGCAGAGCUGGUGUUCGGCAGCCAGCCCGAAGGAGAGCAGCCUUGGGGCCGUGCUUUCUGUACCAGAGUGACUUUGCUUCCGUCAUGCUGGUACUCGCACUUCCUUCCCCCAGAGCUCACAUUGGUGACAUUUCGGUGGUUCCCCGUAGAGCUAACAGACUGCAACUCCCGUGGCCGCCCAGGGCCGGCCCAACAUCUUUCACCUCACGCACGUCCCACACUUCGCACCUCUGCGCUGAGCUGACUCCUGGGGCCGUGGUUCUGCUGCUGGGCACGCUGACACGGCAGCACGGCGAGCAGGUUUGUCUGUCGCACUGCACAAUGCGGGUAACGGGGAGACAAACUGACAGUCACCCACGUCCCCAUUUCCUGCCCAGAGCUGCCUGUGAGGGGGGCCGGGGGAGCGUGGGGAGCCCCGUGAGGGUGGGAGGGGCGCUGUCCUUCUGCUGUGGCAGCGCAGUGGGGAACCCCCAGUCCCGGGCGGAGGCUGUCCCACCAUCCCACCGCCGCCCUGUCCGCGGCACCAGGCCCCGACGUGCUGAGCACCUCGUGGUGACAGCAGAACCCUUUUUGCUCUGUCUUUGGCUGGAUGUGAGGGCUUUCAGCUGGAGGACAGGAACCGCGCUCGGCCCGGCGUUCUGACCACAGCUGCGUACACACGUAUAUACACACACACGGCACAGACGCCGCGGUUCCACCUCCCGGCCCUCCCUCCCAGCAGCGGUCGGUGCCCCUGGGAGCCGCGGCCCGGAGGCUGCGCAGUGCCUGCGCGGUCGGGAGCAGCGGGGCGGGGGCGUGGGACGCACGGGAGCCGCGGGCUGAACCGGGGCCGGGGAAAAGAUGCUCUGCCGCUCGCCCGCGGGCCGGGUCGCGGCGGCCGCAGAUGCAGCGGGCAGAGCGCGGCACGCAGAGCAGCACGUGCUGCCGGCCCUGCCCUGCCCUGCGCUACCGCGGCAGUGCCGGGAGCGGAGCGGUGGAAUGAGGGAUGCGCUGCCGGAAGCGCGCGCUGCUGGUGCUGGCCCUGUGCCUGCCGCUCGGCCUGUGGCUGUUGUUCCGGGCCUCCGUGUCCGGCCUAGGCCUUCCUCCCUCCCUCCCCACCGUCCGCUGCACCGCCAGCGCCAACGCCUCCGCCUGGUUCAGCGCGCGCUACGAUGCGGCCGCGGGGCCUCUGCUGACGGGCCCGGCCCACGAGCUCUCCCCGGACGUGGUUCACUGGUGGCUGACCCUGCAGGGCACCCCCAGCAUCGUCCCGCUCCGGGCCAUACUCCAGAAGCUCUUUGCCGUCGUCCCGGCCCCGAAUGGGAGUGUGUGGGAUCCGUCCCACUGCAGGACGUGUGCUGUGGUGGGAAACUCAGGGCGGCUGAAGGGGUCCCGCCAUGGCCUGCAGAUCGAUGCCCACCAUUGGGUGCUGAGGAUGAACAGAGCUAAGACAGCGGGCUUUGAGAUGGAUGUCGGUGCGAGGACGACCCAUCACUUCAUGUACCCGGAGAGCGCGAUGAACCUCUGGCCUGGUGUCCACCUUGUCCUCGUCCCCUUUAAGCCACUGGAUCUGAAGUGGGUGACCAGCGCCUUCUCCACGGGAGAGCUCACACACACCUACACAAGAGUGAAGCAGUUCAUCAAAGCUGACAGAAACAAGGUGCUGAUCCUGAGCCCAGCCUUCCUCAAGUACAUCCAUGAGAACUGGACGGAGCGCCACGGCAGGUACCCCUCCACCGGCUUCACAGCGCUGCUCUUCGCCUUGCAUGCCUGUCAGCAGGUCUCCGUGUUUGGCUUCGGUGCCGACAGCAAAGGGAACUGGCAUCACUACUGGGAAGAAAACCGCUGGUCUGGAGCGUUCCGCAGGACAAGGGUCCACGAUGCUGAUGUCGAGUUCAGCCUCAUCCAAAGACUGGCAGCUGAAGGCAGAAUAUUAUUCUAUCAAUGACACACACUCAAGAAAUGAGGCCAAGCCGUUAGCACAAGAAGCGGCAGCUGCAGCAGCUCUUUAGCUUGCUUCUGUCCCUUGCUGGCCGGGGCAGCCUACGCUCACUGUGUGUUGUGCUGGUCCCACCAGCUUGGCGCUGCAGACAGCAGUGAGCAUGAAUGGCAGUGGAGCUCUGCUAAGCCUGGGAGAUGCCUGCUGCAGGUCCUGGUCUUCUCCAAAGAGGACACGGAGGGGCAGGCGUGGAGCUAACCCUGUGCUUUCAGAGCCUGGGUGUUGCACAGCAGACAGUGCGCACACAGCCAGCUGCCAAUGCAGCUCUCAGCAUCCAGCAAGCACUCCCUACUGCCAGCUCUCAGGGGAUGGAGCUGAGAUUUCCACCCUCUGAUGGCACAGGGGGAGGUUCACUGCUGUUCUUUGGGCAGGUGGAGAAUCUUUACAGAACUAAGGAAUAUAUUUUUAUAUUGUACCAAAGGAGAGUAAGAAACAAAAAACUGAAGUGCGCUUAGUGAGAACACAGCAGAAACGAGUACAGCUGAGAUGAUACGCUGAAUAAACUUUGAUAGCACAUACA